AUGCUGUUGGGCCUGCGGGAGGGCCCGUUGUCGCAAACCCUGCGAGCCUACGUGCGUCACCAUCCAGAAGAGGAUUUCGCAACAGUCCAUCGGGAGGCGUUGCUUCUAGAGGAGGAACAGCUGGGACACCAGGGAUUGCAAACUACGUGUUUGGCAGUGGGCAAGUCUGCUUUUCACCCUCAAAAGCUGAAGUCCCGCAGAGCAUGGAAAGAGGCGUUUGCUGUCUGUCAACAGACUGCUACCACCAAGACUGAUGGCUUUCUAGGCUAUGUUCGACCUGCUAGCCGCAGAGGAGUCAAGGUGCCCCCGAACUGUGAAGUGAUGGUCUGGGGCCGGACGUGUAAAGGACGCUACCAGAAAAUGGGACAGUUGUAUCAGGUGGAGGAGUUGGAUGUGGAGGGGGACAGUGAUCUUAGCCUGACAGUGGGAUCCGAUGGUGUGAUCGAGGUGGGCGUAGUUGAAGCAGCUGGGCCCGAAGAGCCUGUGAUCCCUGAAGUGGAGGUGAGUCAACUGAUUAACGGCAUAGACUUGACCCCCCAGCAGAAGGCCGAGCUCCAGACCCUGCUGCAGAGGUGGCGAAAGGUGUUUGCUGUGAAUGAGGAGGAUUACGGAAGAACUGAUUUGGUCCAACACCAGAUCCACACAGCAGUUGGAGAACGUCCUGCAGAAGCUGUGGCAACAUGGACUGAAGCUGAGGCUGGACAAAUGUUUCCCACAGACUGCCAAACAGCCUAUAUAAACACAACGAGUGCGCCAUGUCGGGAUCCACAGGGGCUGGUGCCACAGAUGAAUGACUGGAAGGAGGCGCAGGAAAAGGACAUGGAUCUGCGCAUCCUGAGGGAGUAUGUGGAACGGGGAGUCCCCCCGGAUGCACCAACGAGGGGAUCCCUGCCUAGCCCUGUACAGAAGUUAUUACAUCAAUGGAGAAGGCUGCAGGUUUGUGAGGGUACGCUGUGCAGAGAGGUAAGGGACCCUAACACUAACGAAAUGUACCUUCAGAUCCUAUGUCCUGCAGAGAGACACAAGGAGGUGUGGGAGAAGUAUCAUGAGGCAGCGGCGCAUGCAGGAGUGGAAAAGACACUGUCCAGGAUACGUCGCUUCUUUUAUUGGCCCAGCAUGGAAGAGGAGGUGCGCGAAUUCCAGCUAGGGUGCGCUGCGUGUAGCCUGCGAGAUAGAAAUAGGCCUAGAGCCCCUUUGCAUCCCAUUAUUGUGUCGUAUCCCCUUGAGAUUGUGGCCUUGGACUUUCUUACAUUGGGGAGGCCCACAGACAGGUACCAGAAUAUUCUGGUGAUGACUGAUCUUUUCACACGGUACGCCUGGGCAGUUCCUACCAAAGAUCAGACUGCUCAGACUGCAGUGCAUGCUCUUUGGGCUCACGUGAUUCAGACCUUCGGUUGCCCGACCAGGCUACACUCAGAUAGAGGUGGUAGUUUUGAGUCUGCCCUGAUGUACCAGCUGUGUAAGUGCUAUGGCAUUACAAAAAGCAAGACCACCCCAUACCACCCGGCUGGAAAUGGUGGGGUUGAGAGGAUGAACCAGACAUUGCUGCACAUGCUUCGGUCCCUAGAGUCAGAGAGACAACAGAGGUGGCCAGAAUAUCUCCCAGAGCUCUUACAAGCAUACAACAAUACUGUCCAUAGUGCCACAGGGUAUGCGCCGUCGUACCUGAUGUUUGGGCGGCAUUUGAGACAGCCGGUGGAUUUAAACCUAGGUGUUGAGCGGGAAUCCCCAUGCCACGACCUGGGAGGGUGGGUUAAGGACCAUCACCAGAAACUAUCUUUUGCCUAUGAGAUGGCUAGGAAAAAGAUGAGGGCAGCAGCCACCCAAAACAAGAGGGCUUAUGACCGAAGUGCGCGGGCCCUGCCAUUGGUGCCAGGCGAGAGAGUUUGGAUAAGGGACAGGAAUAGGCAGGGACAAGGCAAGUUGCACCCAGGUUGGAGCUCAGAGCCGUAUGCGGUAGUGGAAGAGGUUGGCAAUACAGGUGUAGUGUAUAAGGUGCAGCCGGAGAAAGGGGGAGGGGAGAAGGUCCUCCAUCGGAAUGCACUAAAGUUGUGCAUUACCCCUGUAGCAGACCACCACCCAGAGGGGCAGGGAGUCAGCCUUGAGGGAGAGAUGCUAGUUGAGCCUCCAUUUUAUGGUUUCGUGCCCAGCACUCCAGCCCAGCAGCCGAGAGAGUUGUCAGAGGUACGGCGCUCGACGAGGCCUAAUUUUGGUCAGCCACCCGCCCGUUACAGAUCGCUUGACUAGGGUGACAGGGACUGUCACAGAUAAUCGCGUGCACCUGUGAGGUGGAGGCGUGCCCCCGAGGUGGCCUAUUGGCCGCCAAACUGACUUAAGGGAGAUAGUGAGCGCAAAGACAGGAGAAGAGACACACGGAAAGCGAAGAGCAGGAAACCGAACGUAUGCAGACGAGCGCAUGUAUAGAAGGACCGGCCUGCCUGUGCAGCGUCACGAGACUUCCGGCGAUUCAGUUCUGACGGACAGAAUAGCAACAGUGGGAGGCGACGCGUGAAAUCCACAGUAGGGCAGAGGGGACGCCUCUGCCUGCAUCCGUGAGUAUCGCUUUCCCACUGUUGGGCGCUAGGCGUGGUUUUG